UUUUCAAGAUGGAGCCGAUUUUCAGGAAGAGAAACCGAGAACUCAUGUUAAUGGAAAUUGAACAAGAUAAGAGAUUGGUGGAGGCGUCAAGAUCGGGAGAUAUAGAUCUAGUUAAAACGCUGCUAAAGACAGGAGCCUCCCCCGAUGCCACUGAGUACAACAAGAGUUUGUUUUACGAUUCUAAAAAUUACCUAACACCACUGAUGACGGCUGCUUCUCAGGGUCACACAGAUGUUGUCAGGUGGCUGAUAGAGAAUGGAGCCAGUGUAAAUGCUAGUGACCGGUUUGAUGUGAGUGCUUUACACAUGGCAGCAGAUGAAGGUCAUGUGGACUGUGUUGCCUUACUCCUAGAGAAUGAUGCUAUGUGCAAUAAUGGAACUAAAUACUCAAAACAUGGAUCAUACACUGCAUUUCCACACCCAGGAGGCACAACCCCUCUACAUCUAGCAGCUAGUGCAAACAACAUUGAGUGUGUGACUAUGCUGAUAUGGCAUGGAGCUGACUACAAUGCAGUAGAUGAAUAUGGAAGAACAAGUUUAUACAUAGCUGCCCAGAAAACCUUUGAAGAGUGUGUGCAUGCUCAUCUAAAUAAUGCAAUCUGGAAGGACAUUUUGUCACUGCCUGCUAAAGAUACAGGAGAUACACCCCUUCAUGAAUGUGUGAAGAAUGGAAUGUUGUCUUGUAUCCAGGCUCUUCUUCGUAAGGGUUCAGAUGUCAAUCACAAGAAUUUACAGGGAUUCAGUCCGUUACAUAUUGCUGUCCGAGCGGGGGAGAAAUUCUCCAUAGAGAUCUUACGAGAACUAGUCACUAAGGGCUACAACACAGAUGUCAAUAUACCUGAGUCACUUGGGUUCACUCCCCUUCAUUAUGUUUGUUUUCAUGAAAACAAUAUGCAAGAGAGGAGACCAGAGGCAGCAGCUUUACUGAUUUCAUAUGGUGCUAACUUUAAUGUGCGCAAUAGAAAUAAUGACAGUUUACUACAGUAUGAACUGCGAAGUAAAAAUCGUGACAUGACCAUUCUUUUUGCCAUUGCCAAAAGUGUGGCUUACCUACCUACCAUUGAAUCUUUAUGUAUAUUCCCCCCACAUUCCCAGUUAAUCCCCACAGACUACAGUGCUAUAAAUAGAAAUAUGGUGAAGCUGAUCAAGAACGACAUUCAGUAUUAUAAGAUCAUGUGGUACAAGGAGCUGACGCGUGACCCCCGACCCCUACAACAUUACUGUCGCUGUGUGGUCAGGAAAGCCAUGGGGGUGCAGAGGCUCGGACAGAUUGAAACACUGCCCCUCCCCUCCACCCUGAAGGAAUAUCUUCACCUACAAAUGGAGGAGUUUUCAGUGACAAUUCCAGAGGUGUCUGACCACACAUGAUAGAGUGAUAUAUAGACAUGGUUUGUAAGACUCUAUCUAGUGCUGUUUUUUAUUUAGUUUUUAAAGAUCUUCAGUGUAAGACUAGAGGUGGUUUGUGUGUUGUUCUAGUUUGUGAAGAUCUGUGAGUGAUUUAUUGUAAAGGUGGAAAUUUCCACAUGUUGUUAUUAAAGCUGAACACUUCUCAUAAAUAGGCACUGUCAGGCGGGUAUACAAACCGUUUGAUUUCGUUACACUCGAUUACACACUCGAAACUCGUGGCCGACAUGUAGUACAAUGUACUCCUUUCGUGGUCUUAGAUUUUUCCCUUUAAUGUCUUGUUUUUAUGUGCAUUUUCUGUUUGUAAGUAAUUUAUUGACCUGUAUUUUUCAUGAUACUUUUGUCCUGUUCUGGAAAAAUAGGUUAAAUUUGAUUAUUUCAUCGCAACCGAGUAGCGCGGCUGUGUAAGAUGUACGUCUACACUCAUCGGAUCUCUACAGCAAAAUAAAUUGAACUGAUAAGCUAUCUGCUCCAGUGCUCCUUAUAUAUGGGUUGUAGGGAGAGCGUUGAAGAACGGGAAAUAUGGCGGACUAUGCCAUUUAAUGAGUAGUGUUCAGCUUUAAAAUAAAUCUGUAAUACAGGUCCAAUUCAUGAUUUAGAUGAAUGCAUUGUACAUUUAAAUAGAGUGCUAAAUUCACAGUGACAAGUGUUAUAGAUUGAAAGACUCUAAAGGUUGUUUUUCUUAUAUAUAUAUUAACAGAUUUGUUACAAUGUAUAAUAAUUGUAUAUAUUAGUGAGCUAGAAUACAUAAGUGCAAUAAUUGUCUCGAGUUUGUCCUUAAAAGUAUUCUUUUUAAUUAAAAUAAUUAUAUCAUAUAUAAUGUUGAAUGUGACAAGGAUAAGUAGGUGGGUUUUUUUUUCUGAGGAAUCAUUUUAAUCGUGGAGAUCAGUAAGGGGCAAUGGCAACCAAAAUUUUAUUGCUUUGUGGGGACAUAAUUUGGUAAAUAAUUUGUAAACACAGAGGAUUCAAGGGUUGACUCAUUUAACAAUCAAGGGUGGCUCUUAGAAUCUACAAAUAUUAGUCCCUCAAGAAAAACGAUUCCACAGCAAUGAGAAAAAAAGAGUCCAUUCCAUCUGAUGAAUUCAUCUGGAGAUUCUCCUUUCAGAUGCCUCACAGAGUUAUUUUGAUAUAACUUCAGCAGUCCUUUUUGAUUACAUCUUUCCUUUGAUAUUAUCACCUUGAACAUUUUUAAACUGUUGGAUAAAAAUAGGAAGAAAUAUAUGAUUUUUCUGUGUGCAAGAACACUUGGAUGUUCCAAAGAAAUAAAAGUUUGAUAAAGUCCCUAGAUAUUCUGUGUGAAAGUCUGAUAUUCCUCAUAAAAGAAACAUUUCAAUGAUCAUUUCACCACUUACAUAUUCCUUUUAAUAAGACAUCUCUUAAUUGAGAGGAUCUGAAGUGUGUCCUAUGGUUACACAUGUACAAGUUCAUUGUGAUAUUGUUUUGUCUACCCAGUACCUGAUCUAUAUAGGAAUGUUUUCUUCCAAUGUUUGAGAAAAUGACUUGAGAAGAUAUCAGUCUACUUGAUCAUUUUUGAUGAAUGUAACAGUAAAGAUUUGAAGUUUAUGUUAAAUUGAACUGUGUAUUGAAAUUAUUUAUAGAAAUAAAAGUUUAUAGAUCUG